AUGGAUCUGACGACGGACCCCGCGAAUUUAGCACCUCUGGAAACCCUUCCGCAAGAACUCCUCUCCAACAUAAUCGACCACCUAGAACUAAAUAACAGAGCUUCGUUCCUUCGUGCUUCAAAGCGUCUAUAUCACGCAACGUACCCCCAUCUUUGGCAUACCCUAAAAUCCAAUGACAGCCCACGAAAACGACAUGCAGCUUCUAGGUACUCACGUGGACUAUAUAAAAUAGCAAAGAUCGCGGAGAAAGUUGGGGUCGAGAAUAUGGGGUUUGUUCAUGUGAAGAAAGUGGUGUUUAAAGAAGGGGAUUUAACGCCUGAGAAGGGUUUCGCUGGGACGGAUCCUGGGUUGCAUAAGUUUACGAAUAUUUUGGAGGAGCGGUUGACGGCGGGGGUGAUUAAGAUACAACAAGUGGAAUUGUGUUGGGAGGACCUUGCAAGGGCAUCUAACGGAGCAACCAACCUACUGGAGACACUGAAAGGGUACCAAAAACUAACCCUCCCUCAAAAGCCAUCUAUCAUUGCAAAGAAAAUGAAAGAUUCGGGAGAUCCUAGAAGGCCCAUUGUCUUUCCAAUCAGGGUGUUCGCACUAGAAUGUAUCACAAAUCUGGAACUUGCAUUUGGCGGAGAACAGCAGGAAUUUGGUGUAUUACUGGAAGAAACGGUCGAUGAUAUCGAAUUAUUUACGAAUACGCUAAAGGGGACGACUUCUCUUCAAUAUCUUUCUUUGGAAUGGAGGGAGAAUAUACGCGAUACACCGUCUUUGGUUAUCGAAUUACCUCAAUUGAAAGAACUUCAGUCUGCAAUUACUGAUUUGAAACAAUUACGGGGUUUAGGUCUUACGGGUUAUCUAUUCCACCCAUCGUUCUUGGUUAUCCCGCCGGAGAACACCAAAAAGUUAACAAUCAAACAAGAAGUUUCAAUUGCCUGGUGGCGUAAAUUCGCAAAACAUGCUUUUACCGGCCUCGAAGAUUUGACUAUGGAUACCCGUCAUGCUGGCACCGAGCUCAUUUCGGACUGGUUGUCUGGUGAUGAAGAGGAAGUUAGGUUUUUUGAAACCGCGCAAGAAUUUACGUUUUUGUUAGGGGAGCUGGCGAUUACGGGAUUGAAGAGGUUAAGCACUUAUACUGAAUAUUAUUAUUGCCCUGAUGAUUUUUUGACUUUGUUACGCCAGAACAACCCGGGACUUCAAGAGUUUACAAGGUAUGAUGAUUUAAAUAUAUAA